CAGCUGACUGGUGGGCGGAGCCGUAUGCGCUGGUGGCUGCUGGGUAGGCGUGCGUGAGCGAGCACAGCUCUGAGAGAGAAACAGACGGAGGUAGCGGCGGGCAGGAGCCCGUAUACACGCACCGCAAUCACGGACUUUUUGUGGGACAAGAGAACCGGCCUGGCUGCGAGAGCGGUGAGAGAAAGGGACCGCAGCAGGGUCACACUAUGGAGAUGCCUCACUCCAGACGUUACGGUUCGUCAGAGAGGGGCAGUUACAGAAGUCGCAAGCACAGGAGGAGAAGGAGCAGGUCACGGAGCAGCAGUAGUAGUAGUGACAGAGGCCGUGAGCGCAGGCACAAGCACGGUGACGGUUACCAUGAGAGGUCUCGCAGUUAUGAAGAGCGCUCGUCAGACAGAAGAGCUUAUGAUCGGCGUUACUGUGACAGCUACAGAAGGAACGACUACAGCAGGGACAGAGGGGACGUGUACUACGAGACAGACUAUGACUACAAGCACUCUCGGGACGACAGCUACAGGAGCACUCGCCGCAAACAGAAGCGGAGGAAUCGCAGAACCAGGUCUUAUAGCCAGUCCUCAUCGAGGAGUCGCCAGAGCAGCCGGCGGGCAAAGAGUGUUGAAGACGACGUGGAGGGCCACCUGAUCUAUCACAGCGGCGACUGGCUACAAGAAAGAUAUGAGAUUGUGAGCACACUUGGGGAAGGAACGUUUGGCCGAGUUGUUCAGUGCAAAGAUCACAGGAGGGGAGGAUCCAGAGUGGCAUUAAAAAUCAUCAAAAACGUGGAGAAAUACAAAGAGGCGGCUCGUCUGGAGAUCAACGUAUUAGAAAAGAUCAACGAGAAGGAUCCGGAGAACAAACACCUGUGUGUGCAGAUGUUUGACUGGUUCGACUAUCACGGACACAUGUGCAUCUCCUUCGAGCUGCUUGGUCUCAGCACAUUUGACUUCCUGAAAGAGAACAACUACUUCCCGUACCCUAUCCACCAAGUCCGACACAUGGCCCUGCAGUUGUGCCAAGCUAUGAAAUUUCUACAUGACAACAAACUGACUCACACUGACCUCAAGCCAGAAAAUAUCCUAUUUGUCAGUUCUGACUAUGAGCUGAGGUACAACAUGGAGAAGAAACGAGACGAGAGAUGCGUCAAGAGCACAGACAUCAGGGUUGUGGACUUUGGCAGCGCCACAUUUGAUCACGAGCAUCACAGCACCAUUGUUUCCACACGCCAUUACCGGGCACCAGAGGUUCUACUGGAGCUGGGCUGGAACCAACCCUGUGAUGUCUGGAGCGUUGGCUGCAUUAUAUUUGAGUACUACGUGGGGUUCACCCUCUUCCAGACCCAUGAUAACCGUGAGCAUUUAGCCAUGAUGGAGAGAAUACUCGGCCCCAUCCCCUCACGGAUGAUUAGAAAAACCAGGAAGCAGAAGUAUUUCUACCAUGGACGCCUUGACUGGGAUGAUAACACAUCAGCAGGUCGAUAUGUGCGAGAGAAUUGCAAGCCCCUAAGGAGGUACAUGAUGAUGGAGACUGAGGAACACCACCAGCUCUUUAAUCUGAUUGAGGGAUUACUGGGAUAUGAACCCUCCAAGCGCAUGACACUGGCAGCGGCUCUCAAGCACCCUUUUUUCAACCCGUUGAAGGGAGACCCAACACUUAAGCACUGGGACACUGGCCGGGACAUAAGCCGAUGAUUGGAGUGCAUUCAUGAGCACUAGCACCUGCACUCCCAUACCUUCCCAAGCUUGUCAUGAUGAAUUGACAGCCGGAACCAACGGUGCUCUUUCCUUUUAUACCUGAAUGGACUGAACCUUUCUUACAUGUAAAUCUGUGUUAAUAUGUAAGAUACUCUAAUUAUAUGCCGAUAUAUAUAUCACACAGGCUGUCCUGUAAAUAAUACCUGCCUGUAACUGCCCCUGGGGGUGCUUAGCUGCCCACUUUAAUUUAUGUCAAUGUUAGGGAGGAGGGCAGCAAGCUUCUCAGAUGUGAUGUCAGCGAGCAUCAUCCUGUUUUUAUAAGCUUUUGUAUAGUGUUUGUGAGAAAUAAACUCAAUAUGUUUGUAUUUGG